AGAAUGGAUGUGUUAAUCUGUGUGAGCACAAAGCCUGAGGCUAAAAGAGGCUGCAAUGGAGAAGAGACUGAGUUUUGAUUUUAGCUCUGAAUACAAUAUAUUUGUAAUCUAAAUUAUUAUGCCUUAUGCUGGGAAAUUAUGCUACUAGGUGAAUGUAACUUUAUUUGUUUUAUGUUGUUUGGAGUUAAAUUCUUAACUGAUGCGAUGUACUUGGCACUUGCAAACCAGAGCAACCAAUCCAUUGCCUAUGAGUUUAUCUUCCGGGCAUUCUCCACUGUUCCUGAGAUCCAGGGUCUUCUCUUCAUGUUCUUCCUUCUGCUCUACCUCACCAUCCUCUUUGGCAAUGUCUCCAUCAUCUGGGUGGCCUGCACAGAUCAUUCCCUACGCGUCCCCAUGUAUUUCUUCCUGGGCAACCUCUCUUUUCUGGAGAUCUGUUACACCACUGUAACAGUGCCUCAACUGCUGUCCAGCAUCUUAGAUGCCCACAGACCAAUCCCAUUUGCAAGCUGUGGCAUACAGAUGUUCUUCUUUGUAGCACUCGGCAGCACAGACUGUUUCCUGCUGGCUGUCAUGGCAUAUGACCGUUAUGUUGCCAUUUGCCACCCACUUCGCUACAGCCUCAUCAUGACCUGGGAGGUAUGCACAUGGCUCGUGGUUGGCUCACUGAUCCUUGCACUUGUGUUGUCAUUGGAGCUGACAGUGCUGAUCUUCACCUUGCCUUUCUGUGGCCACCAGCCCGAAAUCAACCAUUUCCUGUGUGACUUCCAAACUCCACCUGUGCCACCUGUGUUGCGCCUGGCAUGUGCCGACACCCGUGUGCACCAGACUGUGCUGUACAGUGUUGGUGUCAUGGUCCUAACUAUUCCCUUCAUUCUAAUAUGCAUCUCCUACAUCUACAUUGUGACUGCCAUCUUGCGGAUCCGCUCAACAACUGGGCGGCAACAGGCCUUCUCCACCUGCUCCUCCCACUUGACAGUGGUGAUCAUACAGUAUGGGUGCUGCAGCCUUGUCUACCUGCGUCCCAAGACAGAUUCGUCAGAGGAUGACGACCGCCAUCUUGCUCUCAUAUACACUUUUGUCACUCCACUGCUAAACCCCCUCAUCUACAGCCUGAGGAACAAGGAUGUCAAGCAGGCUCUAAAGAAGGUGAUUAGGACCAGAGCUGGAACUAGGGUGGGGUAA